AAAGAUCGCAACCUGCCCCACGGAUCAAUCGAUGGUGGACGCCAUGCCGCUCUCGGCUGCGAUGGCCCUCGGGAGUGUCUGCCUCCUCGCGGUCGCCGCCUUUAUUACGUUUACGGGCUACAAGCACUUUACGACAUCGCUCGUUUUACAAGGCGCCAUUCUCGGUGGCUACCUCGGCUGGGCAUGGGGCACGUCCAUGGGCUCCUCGAAUGCGUUCCUGAGCCUCGGUGUCGCGGUCGGCGUCGCGCUCGUCCUCGGCGUGCUCACGUAUCUUCUCAAAACCAUUGUCCAGUUUCUCUUUGGCGCGGCGCUCGGGAUCCAGCUCGGCUCGAUGCUCAACGUCGUCUACCUUCACACACUCGACGCCUCGCGACCGAAUGCGAUCGGGUAUUAUACCAUGGCGGGCUGCGGUGCUGUCUUUGGACUCGUUGCUUGCAUUCCGCGCCGGCCGAUCCAUGUGCUCUUGACGGCGUGGGUGGGUGCCUACUGGUUUGUGCAAGGCAUCGGCAACAUGGCGGGCGGGUUUCCGGCCCUCUUCAACCCUUUCCCUAAUGGCAUCCCCGCCGCCGUCCCCGUCAGUUAUUAUGUGUACAUGGGCGGUUGGGUCCUCCUAGGACUCUUGGGGUCGGUGCUUCAAUUUCAGAGCACAGCCCUUGAUGUCGACCACCAUGCGCCGACGACGGACGAUGACGUUGAUCUCGAGAAGGAGCAUGCGUCCGACGACUCGUCGGUCGCCUACUGGCGUCACUAG